AUGAGAGGACUCAUCCGAGCGCGUUCGAACACGCAGCUACCCGCGAUCCCCGAAGACAAGCAGGCUUGCACCCAGACCAAGGCGUCCGCCCUACCGCCGCCGCCACCGGCCGCGGAAUCGUGGCUUAGGGCUCCGAUGCUCGAGCUCUGGCGCCCCGAGAACGACCCCGUGAAGCACGCAGAGAGCGCGCCCAAAGCUAACGAGGCCCCAGCGCGGCCCUGUCAGGUGGUCGUGCUGUACCACACCUGCGGGUGUCGGUCGGCGGCGGCGCCGGUAUACUUCUGUUCAGCGCCGGGCUGCGCGCACGUCGGCCGGCCCACGACAGCUCUCGUGGGGCAGCUGCCGUUCGCGUGCGGCGGCGCCGGCAACGACGCGUGCGGCGCGGCGGAUCCGGCGCGCACCGAGUUCGUGCGCGAGAUCGACACCGCGGAGCGGCUCGCACCCCUGAUCGUGCUAGAGGACUGCGGCGGCGGCGCCCGUGAAUUCCUUGACGGCAUGCCGCGGGCCGGCGCAGCGUCGCCGCGGGCACAGAGCUGGGGCGCUGCCGAGCUCCGGAGUCACAGCCCCGAGGCCGGACGGCCCGGCGUCACGGCGCCGAAGGAGGGAGAGUGCGGGAGGGGAAGUGAGAAGCGGCUUGCCGUCGAGCAGCCGGCAAAUAGGACGUUCGAGGGGCAGCCGACCCCGGGCGAAGACGGCAGCACCGACGACGAGCUGGAGGGAGACGAGGAAUUCUACGACGCGGCGGAGCUUAUCGAGAGCUUCCUAAACGCAGCAGCUAACGCUGACGCCGCCGAGGCCGCUCGUCCUGGCAGGGACAGCGAUUGCGACAGCUACGGAGACGAAAGUACCGUCGGCAUGGACGCCGCAGACGGCCCAGAGGUAAGUGGCGAGGUGCACGGCAGCGACACCGAUGCCUACCAUAGAAUGCUGCAGGAGAUCUCCCCCGGUGCGGGAGAUGCUCCAGGCGAGAAGACCCCGGAGCAGGAGCAGGGGCGGGAGAAGACGCACGAUAUGGUUGGUAGUACCGCUUUUCCCCCUCGAAAGAACGCGGGCAUGGCCACGGGCGUAAGCGUGCGUGGAAAUGCCAACAAUGCGGACAACCACCCCGACGAGGACCUCGUCGCCAUCGUCGACUCCAUGGCGCGAAGGCGGCGGUGGACUCGGACCCAGUCGGCGCCUAAGGCUAAGCGGUCGAUAUUCGGUAAGGUAUUCUCGUCUCUACGGCUCCCCGGGUACGGUCGGAAGUAA